AUGCCCCUCACAAUCCUAACCAACGACCAAGUCAAGUCCAUCUUGGAGAACCUGACCCUCGCCCAGCUCGACGGCUUCCAGAGAAACUUAUCCAAAGCCCUCCACGAGUACUCGACCGACGUCAAGGCCGUCCAGGAUGGCACCUAUCACCAACCCCAGAGGACGAGCUACGGCAACCCGCAGACGGGUGCUACUACGCUCUUCAUGCCCUCCGUCGGUCCGGCGGGCAUGGGUGUUAAAGUCGUCACCGCAACCGGCUUCGUCAACGCCGGCGCCAUCACGGCGUUCCGGACAGCGCUCGCGUCCUCCUGCCUCCUCCGCCUACGCGGCACGGUGCAAGACAUUGUCGUCUUCGGGGCCGGCAAGCAGGCGUACUGGCACCUCCGGCUCGCGCUCCUGCAGCACGGGGCCACGGUGUCGCGCGUCACCGUGAUCAACCGCAGCGAGUCCACGGCGCGCCAGGUCCUCGCCGACCUCGGCGCCGUGGCCCCGGAGAUUCGGAGCCGUGAGGGCUGGCAGCCCGCCGUGCUGGACGCGCUCACCCCGGACACCGUCGGCUACGCGGGUCUUCUCCAGACGCGGCUGCGGGAGGCCGACGUCAUCUUUGCUGCACGCCGGCAGGGGAAGACGAGGCUGGUGGUCGCGGUGGGCAGCUACACCCCCGACAUGAGGGAGCUGCCGCAGGAGCUGCUCUUGCAGUCUGCCAAGGCGUCGCAGGACGAUCCUAUCGACGGCGGGGCUAUUAUCGUCGACACGUUGGAAGGCGUGCUGAGUGAGGCGGGCGAGAUUAUCCACGCCAAAGUCGGGCCUAGCCGUCUUGUAGAACUCGGAGAGGUGGUUGAUCUUGAUCAGAUCCCCCAAGGGGCCUCGCUCGCAGAAGUCCGGACAAAGACCGAGGCGAGGGCCCACUGGCUGAGAAAUGGCAAUGUCAUUUACAAGAGCGUGGGACUGGGCCUCAUGGACUUGACGGCGGGCGGAUACCUCCUCCAAGUCGCCAACGACAUCGGGUUGGGCACCCGUGUAGAAGACUUCUAG